GUCUCCACUAUCAUCCUGUACAACUACUGCCCCUCUUCCUCACACUAGCUAGCCCUAGGCCCAUUAUAUAUACACUUUCUAACCCCUGUAGUUUUCUCCUCUGUUUCCACAUUUUAUUUUCCAGGACUGAUUUUGGAAUACAAUGGGCAAGAAUAAGAGUAUGAAGAAUAUUGAAGGAGAUAUGAAGAGUGAAGAACAACAGAAAAAGGAAGGAGGAAAGAAUGAAGGGAACCAAAGUGUGGUUUUGAAAGUAGAUUUUCAUUGUGACGGUUGUGUCCGUAAAAUUAUCAAAGUUGUUCGAAGUUUUGAAGGAGUCGAAAAAGUCAUCUGUGAUAAUGAUGCCAAUAAAGUGACGGCAAUCGGGAAAGUGGAUCCGUUGAAGCUCAAGGAGAAAAUGGAACGGAAGUUGAAAAAACCAGUUCAGCUUAUCUCUCCGUUACCAAAGGAUUGCAAAAAAGAGAAGAAUCAAAAUGAAAAUGACACAAAGGGAACCAAAGGAGAUGACAAGAAGAACAAAGAGAAAGAGCCUCCGGUCACCACUACGGUACUCAAGUUGCAUCUGCACUGCGAAGGAUGUAUUGAGAAGAUGCACAAGAUCAUCACUAAGAACAAAGGUUACAAGGAGAUGAAAAUAGACCAUGAAAAGGACUUGGUGACAGUGACAGGUUCAAUUGACAUGAAGGAAUUGGUGGAGGAACUGAAGAAGAAGCUGAAAAAAGACGUUGAAAUUGUGCCGCCAAAGAAGGAAGGAGGAGAGAAGAAAGAUGGUGGCGAUGGAAAGGGAAAAGCUAAGGAUGGGCAAGGUGGCGGCGACAACAAGGUGGUGAAUAAUGGAAUGCAUAAUGAGAAGGAUCAGUUUGGGUAUCCGUACAUGGACCAGAUUUUUAGUGAUGAAAAUCCUAAUGCUUGCAGUAUUAUGUGAGGGAGUAUACUGGAUUAUUGGCAUAGUCUUUUUUUUUUUUAAUAGAAGAAUGAUACAGCUUUAGAAACAAUUUGAGAUGAAAAUUGUAAAUAAAGAACAGGGGCUGUAGAUGAAUAUGGGUCAAUUAUAUAUAAUUAUAUACGGAGUAGUAGGUAUAUGUUAUUAGGCUAU